UUUGAAGGUAGCAAAACGUAUGCCAAGAUUUUUUUUUUUCGGGGACUUACCUAGAAAGUGAAUAUUUAAAAAUAUAAUAAUAAAAUAAAUUAAAUUAAAUUAUGAAAAUGAAUAAAUUUUAUUUGCUGUUGCUCCUAAUCAUAUCAGUUUCAAAUACAAUCAAAUCUCAACGGGCUUAUUACGAAAACGAAAAUAAUAACAACAAUGUGCGGGAAGUCAAACCUAAUAAUGAAAAAGUAUAUUUUCCCGGCAAAACUAAUGCAGAUGAAGUGAAUUUAAAACGUUUGAAUAAUGCUCUAUCUAAUAGUUUCAUAAGUGGACCUCAAUCAAAUUACAUUGAUAUUGACAUUGAAGAGCGGCCUUCAGCCUCCAGGCGUAAUACGAAUUCAGUCUUAAAUACCAUUAGAGAAAUAAUACCAACAAGAAGAACCGCUGUUACAAACAUCAAUUCUAAUUCAAUAAAUGAUAAUAAUUCGCCUUCCUUGAUAAAAAGAGUUAUAGAUAAAAUACGUAAUUCUAGCGAAGAAUCAAAUGAAAGAAAAACUUCAAACACAUCUUCAAACAAAAGAAAUCCUACAAAAAAUUCUAGUGAAGAAACUGAUAGAAUACCGCCACCUUCAUUAGUGCCAUCAGCGGUUUCAUCGUUAUUAAAUUUAAGAGUAUGUGAAAUAAAAUAUGCUGAAUUUAUCCAACGCAUAUUUCCGCAAGAAUCCGAUACAGCUAGCGAUGCCAAUGAUGCAGAGUUCAAUGGUCGUGUUUUAGCCACACCUGGGGAAUACCCACAUAUGACAGCUUUGGGCUUUCGCUCGAAAAAUAACAAAGUGGAUUACAAAUGUGGUGGCAGUUUAAUAAGUGAAAAUUUUGUUAUUACAGCUGCACACUGUACCAACUUUGCAGGGCAACAACCAACUAAAGUGCGCAUAGGUGAUCUGAAUUUAAUGGUCGUAGAAAGUUUUUUGGAACCACAAAUACGCAAUAUUAAAAACAUCUAUGUCCAUCCGGAAUAUAGAACAAACUCUUAUUACAAUGAUAUUGCACUGUUGGAGCUAGAGGACGAAGUCGAACUAACCGAAUUUGUUCGCCCCAUCCGCUUGUGGACCCAAUCAACAAUCCCGUUUACCACAGCCUAUGCCAUGGGUUAUGGUGCCACUGAUUUCGCCAGAGAACGCACAAAUCGUCUAACAAAUUUAAAUAUGACCAUUGUGUCGAAUAGUGAUUGUAAUCGUGAAAUGCCCAAAAUGCCAGAAUCGGACAGAGGCAUUAUUGCUAGUCAAAUAUGUGCUCGAGACUUUAAACUGAAUCGCGACACCUGUCAGGGAGACUCGGGCGGUCCUUUACAAUUGAAUAUUAGAGGACGACGUAGAACAAAUCGUAUGCAUUACCAAUUAAUUGGUAUUACCUCGUAUGGCUUGUACUGUCGUAGCGGUUAUCCGAGUAUAUUUACAAGAGUGUAUUCUUAUUUGGAUUGGAUUGAGCAUAUUGUAUGGAAAGACUACUUUGACUGAUUAAACCAUAUUUUAAAUUAUAGUUCUAUAUUCUUUUUUAAAAUAAUAAAGUACAAAAAUUAUUUAACAACUAAA